AUGGUUGGAUUACUUAGCUCAGCCGUGGGAUACUGUGUUUUGAAUAAUGGCAGCAAGAUUCCUGUAGUGGGACUUUCAACUCGCGAUUUGCCGCGCGAAAAAGCAGCUAGAAUCGUCGAAGAAGCUAUCAAACUAGGAGUUAGGCACAUUGACACGCAAAUGUCUGCUCAAAAUCAGAAAGAAGUCGGCGUUGGAAUCGGGCGGGCGCUUGCGGCGGGAGUGUUAAAACGCGAGGAUUUGUUCGUCACCACAAAACUACCGCCGGUACACCACGACCAUGUCGAAAAAGCGCUGGAAAAAGAACUCGAAUUACUGCAACUCGAAUAUUCCGACCUUCACGUGAUUGAAACUCCUUGGCAGCUUGCAUCAAAAACUGAAGAACUCGACGGGCAAUUCAAAACGGACUCUGGCGAUCUUCCUAUUUUUCUGGGAGGAGAAGGAAUUCCGGCAAAAAAAUAUGUUCCAAUCAGAGACGUUUGGGAGCAAAUGGAGAGGGUUUAUGAAAAAGGGUUGGUGAAAGCGAUUGGACUGGCGAAUUGUGAUGAGGAUUUGGUCAAUCAUAUUUCAGUCGCUGCAAAAAUCAAGCCCGCCUGCAACUUCAUCGAACUCCAUCUUCGCCACCAACAACCAGAUCUUGUUCAAUUUCUUCGAAACAAGAAUAUUCUCCCCAUCGCUUCUACCGUAUUCUCCGACUUGGAUUCUGAAGACAAUUUGACUGAAGUCGCAAAAUCUCAUCGAAAACAACCUUCUGACGUUGCUGCUCGAUUUUUCUGCCAAAAAGGAACUCCGAUUCUGGUCGAUUCGAAAAAUCUUGAAGGAGUUUUGCCCAAAACAGAGCUUGGUUUCGCCCUUUCUGGAGAAGAAAUCGAAAAAUUGGAGAAAUUUGAUCAGAAAAAACGACUCCAGGUAGGAUGA